GUUCCGAUGCUUGGAGAGAGAGCACAAUAAGAGGCCCUCCAUGAAAGAGGUUGUGAUCGCCUUGGAAGCCAUUGCAGCUUUGGAAUAGACUACGACGAUGACGACGACGACGACGAAAUCUCGGGUUUGUUGUUCUUCUGUUUUUGAUUCCUCGGAAUACUCAGCAGCAAAGGCGCGGGUAUUGGCUACUUAUCUGUUAAUGGACAGAAAGAAGGAUAAUCUUGGUGUUAAAUUUUUGGGGAAUUCAGUUUCCUAUAUGCGAAAAUGGCUGUUUCGGGUGUUGUCCAUUGGCCCGGUUCCGAGGCAUCUAGCCUUCAUUUUGGAUGGGAAUCGGAGGUAUGCGAAGAAGCACAAUCUUGGCGACGGGAUGGGUCACCGAGCUGGAUUUCUAGCUCUAAUGUCGAUAAUGAAGUAUUGCUACGAGCUCGGGGUGAAGUACGUGACGAUAUACGCAUUCAGCAUCGACAAUUUCAGGAGGCGGCCGGAGGAAGUGCAGUCGGUGAUGGAUCUUAUGCUCGAGAAGAUCGAGGGGCUGAUCAAGGAAGAAAGCCUCGUGAACGAGUACGGCGUGCGCGUCUAUUUCAUCGGGAACUUGAAGCUCUUGAACGAUCCCGUCCGCGCAGCCGCCGAGCGCGCCAUGAAGGCGACGUCGAACAACAGCAACAGCAUUCUUCUCAUCUGCGUCGCCUAUACUUCGACGGAUGAGAUCACGAAUGCUGCUCAAGUUUCUUGCGACGAGAAGUUGGGAUUGGCCGGAGUGAUCGGAGGAGAAGAUGAAGACGGGGACAUUGUCGUCGAGGGGGAAGAAAAUGGCGAAUGCAACGGACAAGAUGAAGUUGAAGACGAAGAUGAAGAUGAGGAGAUUAUCAAGCUAGCGGACGUGGAGAAACAUAUGUCGAUGGGAGUGGCUCCGGAUCCGGAUAUUAUGAUCAGGACUUCCGGGGAGACGAGGCUGAGCAACUUCUUGCUGUGGCAGACCACGAACUGCCUGCUGUACUCGCCGUCAGCGCUGUGGCCGGAGAUUGGGCUGCGCCACCUUGUGUGGGCGGUGCUGAACUUUCAGAGAAACCAUCUUUACUUUGAGAAGAAACGGAAGCAAAAUUGACUUGGUGUAGCAAAGAACUCGGAAAUGUGUUGUUCGUUCUUAUGGGGGAAUUAUUUAUAUACUUUUACCUUUGUUCGGGCUUUGCUUUGCGUUGUUAUUGUUGAUGUUAUUU